ACUUGUUAAUUAUUUAAGUGUAUUAAUAAUAAUUCCAAAAUCCUAUCACAUAAUUUCUUGGACAAUUACAAAACUAACAAUCUCCUGAGCAGCAAGUCGGAGACAUGUGCCCGAGGUGGUACUCGUCAGCUUUCCGGUGGCCGGAUUUCGGAUUUUCUUUACCAGCAUCAAUUUUCAGGUGGCCAGAGUUCGAUUUUUCGUAUCUGACGGCUGGGUGGAAUAGUUUACAGAGCUUAAAUUGGUUUGAUUUCUUAAUCGAUGACGUGGUAUGGACUUUUGUUACUGUGUUGGAGUCUGUUGCUGUAGUCGCUAUGCUCUGUUACUUCUUUUUGUUUUGUGGCUGUACUCUUUGAUCUCUCGUUUUUCUUUUUACCUUUUUUUUUUUGUUUGUAAAUAUUAUACAUCUUUAUCUGCUUGCUAUGCUUCACAUGACUGGAGAAACAGCUUACUCUUUUGAAUAUGAGAAUCAUUUACAGAUUCGUGUGUA